AUGGCGGACGCCACGUGCGUCAAUAUCAGUAAGAGAAAAUGCGGUCCACAGACGCUUACAACACACGGCAAAGCAAACGGGCGCAUGCAAACCAACACGCCACAACGAUCACCGGUAAACACCCGUCAAAUCAUCCCAGCACAACGCUCACCUCAAGGUGGCAAUAAGCCAACUCCUGCACCACGGAAGAACCCACUGCAAAACAAGGCAGAGAAGCGGGAACCUCUGACACGUCAGGGAACCGGUCUCACAUACCUAAUGCUGCACCUUGCACCAAGAUGGCGACACACCGCGCCACGACCAGCAAUGAAGACGCCGCACUACAUGCGGACAUCAGAUCAGCGACGGAGCACCUCUCAGCCCACAAACCGCUCCAGCGCAUCAGAGAAGCGCGAGCCCACCCGACACCACUACUUUGCCGCCUCAUUUCUGGUUGUCUCCCCUGCAGCGAAGGACUCUACAACCCAGCCUCGAACUGGAGUGGGCUGA